UGGAUUCUUCAGAUCAAAUCAGACCAUGUUUCUUCCAAAAAGUUUUUUAGACUUGUAUUAUUACUACUUUGUCAUUUUUAAUUAGCAUAUUCAUGUGUCCAGGAAAAAUUUUCCAAAUUGAGUGUGGAUAAAAAAUUCGAGUCGUAUAUGAAGGUCUACGAGAAAUCUUACAGCACAAGUAAGGAGAAGAGGAAACGUCUUAAGAUCUUCGAAGAAAACCUGCUCAAAAUUGGUGCGCUCAUGGCAAAAAGAAAAGGCUCCGUCGUUUACGGAAUCGGCCCGUUCACAGAUCUUAGCAGGGAGGAAUUCGUUGAAAAAUACAUCGGAAAGCAGCGCCCACCGCGCGACUUAUCCGACGAGGACGACGAGAGCGGUCAGCUGCAGACUCGGAUGUUGGGAAAAGGAAAAGGAAAAGGAAAAGGAAAAGGAAAAGGAGAAGGGGAAGGAGAAGGAGAAGGGAAAGGAGAAGGAAAAGGGAAAUGGACAAAAUCGAAAUCUCCGCCGCGGAGGAAAACGACAUCCGGCUCUCGAUCUCGUGCUCGGUCACUGUCACCCCCGAGAUCAUCUCCUCGAUCAUUUCUCCAACGGACAGCUAGCGGACAUCGGAGAUUCCGUCCGGCCAAAGAAUGGGAUCCUGAGUAUCUACCCGUGGCGAAUGGGAUGUCGCGUCGACGACACAACUUAAGAAUGAACCCGGACCCAGACCCGGACGCAGACGCAUUCAGCGAGGAGGGAGUUCCCAUGAUAUUCGGGAGCUCCCCCAUAGGGGACCCCAUCGAAGAUUGGCGGAUACCCGCUCAGCUUUAUCCUCCUGUGGAGCACCAGGACCAGGGCGAUAAAAAAUGCGGCAGCUGUUGGGCGUUCGCAGCUUUGGGGGCUGUGGAGAUGCACUGGGCUAUUGAAAUGGACAGGGUAAUUAUGCUCUCAAAACAAG